UUUUAGUUUAGCGUUGGCGGCAGACUGAGGAGGUUGUGUUUCCUUCAUUAUUUUCGAGUCCUGCAAAAAUGUUGAGAAUAAUGGUCUGCAUUCCGUUGAAAUCUUACGGUUUGAUUACUAGUGGUGUUUGCGGGUUUUUAUCUGCCUUAGGACUAUUUAUUUUUUUGCGGAUCAUCAUCUCAGGCGCUAUCGAGACGGUCAUUUGGUUGAACCCCAUUAUGCUCAUGUGCAGUGCUUUUUCUUACAAGUCCAUCUUCGAAGGCGAAUGCAUUACACUCAUUGAUGUACUGGUUAAAUCUCUGGAAACUGACCCUGUUGCAAGUCACAUUUCCCUUUUGAUUUUUUUAGUGGUCAAUGUUGUGGCAUCCGUAAUGCUGGCCAUAGGUACCAUCAAGGAAAACCAUUUGCUCAUGCUUCCGUGGCUUAUAAACAACGGUUUGUUCCUGUUCAUCUGGAUGGCCCUCUGGAUUUCAGAAUACCUUGAUCUUGUUAUAGACGAAAAAGUACCCUGGAUACUUCUCUUUAUAAUCUUUGUUUUGCACGCGUCUAUAACUCAGGUCAACUGCUUUCUGUACUAUGGUAUUCUAUCACUUUACAAGAGGACCCAGGCACUCAGACAUGAUAUUUCGGAUGUUAGUGGAAGUAAUAGAGCCAUACUGUGACUAAAAAGCCUGUUAUUUUUAAAAGAUUUAUAAUAAAAUAAAAUGGAGGGCUAUCCUUUAUGUUUGCCUC